UUCGGAGGCUGCGUGCUCCCACGCUGAUUGACCACAUUCCAUGGCUCUGUACCACUCCAACGCUGCCGUUGCUUUUUACCCCACCCCGCACUUCUCUUCGCGUUCCAAACGCGUCCCCAUUUGGUGCCAAUUUGCGUCCAAAUCUUUUUCGAAAUGGGUCUUGGUGGGUUUGUGAUUGCGGGCUUCGGAUGUCUCCGCGGACACUGAAUUGGUGUUUCUCAGUUGGUGCUGGAGAUUUACUCUGCGUAGUGGCUUGGUUGUCGGUGCUGAGGAGCUGAAGUAGGUGUAGUUUCGUAGCUCCAGUGUCCAGUUUUAGGUGUAGUCUUUAGUUAUGGCUUCAACGGAGUUUACUCUGUCGGCUGUCUUUCUGGGUUCCGUAAGAGCGCGAUUUUUUCGAGAGCUGUGAUAUUACAUGAGAGUGUAACGUAAUUCUUUGAACCCUCUAUACUUUGUUGUGCUACGUCCCCAAUUGUCAGUUCUGUUUUGUUUUUCUUCCUAUUUUGUGUGUGAGUGUGUAAUUUAGUGUUGUGCCCGUUAGCUGAUGUUUCAGCUCCUGUUACGUCUCAUAGUAUUCGGCCGUAUUCAAAUUGACCAACUACUUACAAGGUUUUUGGAAAGUUUUUUUAGGUGCUGGUCUUCUUCUUCUUCAGGCAAUGUAUGAUUGGUAUAGUGCAGCAGUUCUGAAUUCUUGGCCGCAUUUUAGCCCGUUUUGGCUCUCAUUUAGCAAUGCGUGCGGAAAGAAUUUUCAGUAAAGUUUUGUAACUCGUUUAACUCACCGGCCGGACUGUUUUCUUGUAAAAUUGUAUUCUGCAUCUUACUAUCAGUAGAUGCUAGGGUUUAAAUUUGCGGAAGCUUGGCAUUUGCGAAGUGUGUAGAAGAGGAUAUCAUGGUUAGUUCUCUCGGAACAUCGGAUUUAUCGAUUGCAUAUCUUCUACUGUUCUACGGUCGGAGUACCAUUGAAGUUCUGCCUCGACCAAGUUGUGACUGAAGAUCAGCAUUGAAGGCUUUUGAGACAUCGGAUAUCCACAGUAGGAGGAUGGAUAUCCGAUAUCUCAAACUCAUUUUCUUGCUUAUAGUAAGAAUUUGUCUUUUAACCGGAUCUUAUUAACUCACAAACACCAACAUGGAAGGGUUUAUACUUUUCAGAGGAGGAUCAGUGAUUUAAACGAUUUAAGAAGAUGCAACUACGACUAAGAUUUCCAAAUUUUACCACAUAAACUGUGAUCGUGAGCGCUGUGCUUUAACAAAUAACUGCAGGAACAAGGUCAUUACAUUGUGUCAUGCAAAUUUUAUUCUUCUUGCCACGCGACAUCAUAGUUGGCUUAUAUUUGUCUUUGAGCUCAUCGUCCAUUUUAAAUCUGAUGGUGCAAGUUUAAAAGGUUCUGGGUUUCAAAGUUUUCCAGCAUUAUGGCGGAGAGGACUCAAUGAAUACAAGUCCCAGUUCAAGAAGGGUUACGUAUUUUCUUUUGUAGCCAAAUGGGACCCUUUGGGGCGUCAUAUUAUUCCAUGGAUUUCAUUGUUCCCUUUAAUCCCAAGCUUCCACCAUCUGAUGACGGGGUUCCUCCAACAGUAGCUUCGUUGGCAGAUGCUUGGAAGGGUCUGGGCUUGACAUACUUUUUGCUCAAAGGACUACAAAGAUCAAGCGAAACAUUUAAGCUGAUCGGGGACACUAUUGAGAGACACUCAAAGAACGACGUUCAAGCUAUGGGCAGGAAUGGCACUUCUGGAAUUGACCAAGGAGCGUGUCGGAGCCUCACAACCACAAACGCAGCAAGUGCUCGUUCCCUGAAAAACCAAAAUAUGACAGGAUACAGUUCACUCAAGAUGCGUCGAAAUGCUGGCCCUAUAUCGAGUCACGCAAAAGCUUGCAAGAACAACAUGUUGGAAAUUUGUAGAGGAGAGCAAAAGGAUUCUCUGUUUGCAGACUCUCUGAGAGACUUUUCUGAGCGCCCUCUAGACCAGUCUGCAACUAGGUCAGGAGCGGAAUCGAGGCUCUUAACUGAGAAGUCUUUGAGAGAAUUUGGGUUAGGAAUUGAAGGUGUGAUGACCACAAUAACGGGUUUAACAAAACAAGCGUAUCAUAAAGAUGAGGUGAAAGAAAUUAUUACCGUGGUCAAAACAGCUGAUCGAGUAGUGGAAGGCGUCAAGGCUGCUAAAGGAGUCAUUCAGACUUUUAGUUCCCCUUUCAGCGAUACCUUGUUCGGUCUUGGAGCAGGAGGAAACGGCGUGAUUCUCGGUGUGAACACAGUCAAGAUUGUGCUGAAAGGAGUAAAAAUCUCCAAAGGACUUAUUACUGUGACGAAGCUGUGCAAGAAUAAGAAGAGUGGGGCAAUUGGUGCGGGUGCAAAGAAGGCAAUUAAGUCUAAUCAAAAUACGCUGGGAAAACGUUUCAGGGUGAUUAUGAAGGGCUUGAAAGCUUCGGAAGGGGCUGCCAAUGUGGUCAGUAUGACCAAAGAGGUUGGCAAAACCCUGGGCCCUAUGUUUGAUAAGGGCUAUGCCGAAUUCCUUUCCUGGAGUGUAAUAAUGAAGGGGUUCAAGUUCACGAAGAGUGCAAUUCGGGUUCUAGAGCCAGUGGGGAGUCUACAGUUGGGAGUUAUUAGAGAAUUAGGAAAGUGUAUACUCGAAAUGAAAGGAGCUGUGGAAGGCAUUGGUGUCGUUGUAAAGGCUAUAGUUCUAUCUCAAGAGCUUUACAUGGUGUUACUCAAAGGUUUUGAAUUUGCAAAGGGCUCUAUGGCAGUCUUGAAUGAGAGCUACCGGAGGUCAUUUCUUAACAAGCUUUUGCCGGAGAUAUUAACUGCUGAGAGCAACUGUGUCUCGGAAGGACACUAUUCUGCGAGAACACGGGUCAGCUUUAAAGGCAUGUGUAAUAAUCAGCUGCUCCCCAUGCCCUCCAUAAGUUGGUCCCUAUCAGAGGUUGAGAGGAACAGUUGUAGUAGUGGGUGGGAUUUCUUUGGUUGUUCUUACUCUCCCAAGUCUAUCGUUUUGCACAUGUUACCAGAAUUGUUGCGGGAUGGUGAGGACAUUAAACCUCCAUUUUCGUUUUUAACGCUCUCUAGUUCGUUCCAAUCUUGAUUGGUAAUUAACCGGGUUGGUUUUGUAACCUGAGUAUUAGAAUUUUAGUUUGUUAGUUUGCCUGAGCCUACUGUGAAGCAUGAUGAGGAGUGUUUUUUAAGGAAAAGAAGGGAAGUCAUAUUCAGGUUAUGAUCCAUUAUUGCCUUAAUUAGGGCCUCCAUGGGUAGUGGCUGUAUGUACGUAAUUUAGCAACACAGAUAUUCUUUCCCAGAGCUUCAGUAUUGCAUAGGCACCUAGGAACCGGGUGUGUGGGCUUUGAGCUUGGCCUCACCAACCAGGACUAUGGGUGCCAAGUUCAGCAGUUUUAUGUUGAAUUUAGACUUGAUCUCAUUUGCUCCUUAGGAUUUAGAGAUUCUUAUCAAACCUGGGAUGUAAAAUCUCUUGUAAAACCGUUUUGCUCAUACAAAUCACACGAACCGAUUCAAGAAAAUGUCUAUUGAAA